AUGAAAACUAGAGUUUUGCAGAACCCUCCUCCUCCACCGGAGCCGUCGGAUCGAGCUCCUCCUCAUAAGUCAUCGUCCCUAACUUCUCCUUCCCAGCCAAGGUUUUCUUCCCCUCCGCAUCAGCCAACGCUUGGAUCUAAACCGAACAUAAACCACCGCACUCAACCACACCCCCUUUGGCGGUGGUUCGGAAUCUCGCCGGUCAUGACGGUGGUCCUCUCAACUCUUCCUCUCCGGCUUGUCUCUGCCAAUGAAGUUCAAGUAGGGAAUGAGUGUAAAGCCAAGACUUUAGAAUUCUUGGUGACUCAAGCUGAAGCUAGAGCGGCUUUGUCGUAA